AAAAGUGGAAGCCAAACAAAGAAAGCUGCCGAGAGAGAGAGGGAGAGGGUAGACUAGCAUUAGUUUAUAGUGGCAAUAAUUGUUUGGCAGGCAUUGGGAAUCCCGGCGCCAGUGUUUUCCAUCCCCCAGCGCUGAAUUCCAAGAGAUCUCAUCUGCCUGCCUGCCUGCCUCUCGUCUCGUCUCGUCCUCCUCGGGCCGUCACGGCGGCGGCUGCGGCUCUCACUGCUCGUUUGGUGCUGUGCUGGGUGGUGGUGUGCGGUGCGGCGGCAAGUUGUGGAACUGGCCUUUGCCCCGUCCGGUCAGGCCCCCUUCCUUUUUUGAGCGCAUAUAAGCGAGCGGCGUCUCGCCUUUGGGGUCGGCGGGGCCGCCGCUUUUUGGUUGCGCUCUCCCCCUCCUCUCCCCUCCCCUCCCUACCCUCUCUGCCUUUCCAUUGGAGCGCACAAAGCCGACGGCACCACCAUUUAAAGAAGGCCAAGCGAGCACACGGCGGAGGAGAAGAGAAGAGACCACCACCUCACACUCCAUUCACACCAGGAUCGAUCGAUCAACAAUCGCGCCGCGCGUUAUACCCGCUUCACGCUUGUUGCGUCGUCGUCGUCUGCUGCUGCUGCGCUGCGGCUCCGGCGCAGGAAGUCUAACGUGGAAGUCUCUAAGAACUGAGUACUUUUGCUAGAAGAAAUAUUUGUUCAGUCAAGCUUUGCAAAUUAUCAUCAUAGUUUGGAUGACAUACAUGGUUACUUUGACGAGUUUAUGGAGCCCUGGUUGCCGGGCUCAUCUGGGUUCUCUGACAAUGGAACUGUAAUAUUUGCAGCAAAACUUUAUUUCCUCAUCUUGGAAGAAAGUUUCAAGAGGGGCUGACAACUUGUAAGUGUUCCUGUGAAGCUUGAUGUGAGGGCGAAGUGGGGAGAAAAACUUCUUCUCGCAUGCAGAUGUCAACAGAUCCUAACAACUAUGGGGUAUUUCCACAUUCAUUCUGCAACCAACAUGUGGUUUCAUUUCAGACGAGUUCAAUUACCAGUGGAUCAGGAGUCAUGCCAGUUUGUCUAGACACUUCCAGCAGUGGAAUGAAUGGCAAUAUGGCGAUGUUGAACACUACAUCUUCAACAAUUGUAUCCACUGGUUCACCAAACAUGAUUGCUGAUUCUUCUUGUCAGAACCUCAAGUAUAGUGCACCGUUGGCUGUGGAGUGGUCCUAUCCAGAGCUGCAAUUGUUGAGCGAUGGCCUCAACAUGUAUGCAAAUGAACCAGGAAUCAUGAAGUACAUAAAGAUAGCAGCCAUGUUACCAGACAAGACAGUAAGAGAUGUUGCCAUGAGAUGCCAGUGGAUGGCAGCGAGAAAAGAAGCUACAAGACGACGGAAACCUGAAGAACACUAUCCUGGGAAAAAGAUAAAAGAUAGAAAGGAUAAAAUGGCUGAGCCGUCAUCAUGGGGUCCCAAUGCUCCUGUUCAGACUGAGAUGAGAUCUUCCUCUUCUAUUCCUCAGAACGCCAAACACAAUGGAUUUAUCUCUGGAGACUCUCAAAUUGACCAUGAAAUGCUAAAUAUACUGGAAGAAAAUGCUCGACUACUCAAUCAAAUAGAAGUAAAUAUUUUAACAUCACAGGCUUAUAACAACAAUGAUCUUUUCCAUCACGCAAGAAGGAACAUCAAUGGUCUUCUACAAAGCAUGAGCCAAAUUCCUGGAAUAAUGAGCAAGAUGCCCCCAUUGCCUGUUUCGGUGGAUGAAAGGCUAGCUAGCUACGUACUCCCUCGUGCUCCUAUGGCACAAGUUCUUGGCAGCAGUCAUUUGAAAGAAGAACCAAGAGUAUGGUAGGCCACUGCUAGACAGGGAAGCAGCUCAAUUUUCAGCAAUAGUUUGAUCAAAAAUAUCUCAAGAGCAUGUGCUUGGGAAUCUGCAUGGAGAAGCAUAGGUGAAAGAACAAUCUGGCUUUUCUGAUGUCUGAAAGCUAUAGAAGCAACAUGAUCCACUUCAGCACAUGGCCUUAAAAGAACGCUGUCCAGCUUGCCUUCUCAGGAUGCUCUGUAUUAGUGAUUAUGAAUUUGAGAUAGGUAGAGUUUUCCGUAAUCUGCAGUUUUCCUCACCUUGGUUGCACAUAUCGAUUCUUUUUCGGGUUUUGUCCUGGUGAUCGAUGUUAACAGAAGUGUAGCGUAGAAACUAAACUUGAUAUGAAUAAUUAGCGGGAAAAGCUUAGCCUUUUUGUCAGUCACUACAAAGGUAACCAACCUUCUGUGUGUAUCUAGUAUUCUAGUUCUGGUAUAAUGCAUGUGCAAGCCUUGGUUCUCUAAA